AUGGAAAGACAGUACUUGUUCAUCGAUGGUGUUCACGCAAAAGGGGUUACCAAGCGAGCGACCCGAAGCCACGUUAUGAAGGGAAAGAACGUAGGAAGAAAGUUGUUCCGGCGAUCCAAGCAGGCAUGUGCUCCUCUUACGAUUGCCAAGAGCUUUGGGUACCUGGGGAUCUCGCUUCCCGUAGAGAUUGAGCCGUGGUCUCAGCAGAUCAUCAAUCAUUUCUUCGAGUACACCUCCACGAGGCUGUAUCCUAUCAACUUUGGAAUCAUGCUGCAGGAAGUCAUGGUCAUGUACUUGAGAACCAUCUGUGUCGACGAGACUGUACACGCAUGCUGUGUCAGCAUGAUGCAGGCCUGCAACGAAAUAUUCUCUUCCAACGGCGAGAGUUCACCCAAAGCGCUGAAUCAUAUCUCUCGAAAUUUUGACCUGAUACAACGAAGGAUUGACGGUGACGAUGCACUGUCUGACUCGACUUUGGCGAUUGUGGUAUCACUCUUCCACCAAGAACAAAUUCGAAAACAAUAUGCGGCUGCAAGAGUGCAUAUGAACGGUCUCCAGCGAAUGGUGAAGCUUCGGGGUGGAAUCAGCAAACUCGAGAGCUCCCCCUAUCUGCUGCUGAAAACCUGCAAGAUCGACAUCAUGUUCGCAUUGCAGAGCGGACAGAAACCAAUGUUCUUCCGAGACAAUAUGGCGUACGUUCGUAAUGUAAUUUCGAAAGAAGGCAUGUCACUAGCAUGUACCAAUAAUGCUCUUUUCGAGCGUUACAGCCAGCUAGAUUCCAACUUCCAGGACGUACUCGUAGACAUCGCAGGCUCUUGCUCGCUGUUCAACGAGAAAGGGAAAGACGUCCCGCUCGGUAUGAUACCAUUUCUGGAGCUCAUAAUAUCCAUCUGCUAUCGGCUGCUCCGUUUCAGGCCAUUGCAAAUUCCGAGCCGACAGAACGAUUCUCAGGGAGCGCUACAUCUAGGAUCUACCAUCGUGAUGAUGACCGUGUUCCUACAGCUCGGUCAUCUCAGAAUGAUCGACUAUACCUUGAUAUCACGAUGUCUGCAGCAGACACUCACUGCUAGUCUGCUCGAUGAAGAUUGUGAGCUGUACCUAUGGCUCGCUGUCAUCGGUAGCAUCUGGACUUCUGGAAGCGAGGAUAGCAGCUGGAUCAUCGCACGUGUGCGAGAGGCCUCGGAUCGAGCUGGCCUGAAGAGUUGGACUGAGCUUCGGGGCCGUAUCGCAAUCUUCCCAUGGAUCCAUGUCAUACAUGAUCUGCCGGGGUAUGAGAUAUGGCAGCAAUGA